AUAAUCGCAAAAUCUUAAAUCGCGACAUUACCAAGCGACAUACAUCGCUGAGAUAGCAUUGCGUGAUAGUUGCAGGCAAUCAUUGUCUCUCAUUCGUCUCCAGUCUGCAACGUCUUGCCUGCACAGAAAGCAGCCAUACCGCAUACUGCACCUGCGCAGCUGGAUUACUUAAGUCGUCCAAUCCAGCCUCUGACUGCAGUAGUAGCUUUAGAAUCUAUUUAUUCUGACGUACUCCAUAAGUAUCCGCCGUCGGCCGCGCUGCAUCUUUAAUGCAAAGAAUAGCUACCUUUAGACUGCGAGCUCUCUCGACGAGUCUCCGUCACAUUACCCCUCCAUCUCCAGGACAAACUUCUCUACUCCGAUCGCACUUCCGCCCUUCACAAACCGCAGUGGCAUCCGCACGCUUAUUAAACCUCUCGUCUCACUUCUCCACCUCAGGCAUCAACAUGUCGUCGCAACCCAAAGAGUGCGAUUACCUAGUAAUCGGAAUCGGCAGUGGGGGUAUUGCCUCUGGACGACGAGCCGCCAAACACGGCGCAAAGGUCAUCGCGAUCGAGUCUUCACGAUACGGAGGUACCUGCGUAAACGUCGGUUGUGUACCAAAGAAGGUUACUUGGAACGCAGCAGCAAUUGCCGAGACCUUCAAGGAUGCGCCCGCAUACGGUUUCAAGGUUGGCGGGGUACCAGAGUUUGACUGGCCAUACUUCAAGAAGAAGCGAGACGACUACGUCAAGCGACUGAACGGCAUCUACGAGAACAACCUGAACAAGGAUGAAAUUGAGCAUUUCAGAGGGCGCGCCAAGUUUGUGGCCAAGGACGAGGUCGAGGUUGCGCUUCAUGAUGGAGGCUCUCAGCGCAUCAAGGCGAAGCAUAUUCUCAUCGCGACCGGUGGACGACCGAAGCUACCCGAUAUUCCUGGCAAGGAACUCUGCAUUAGCAGUGAUGGCUUUUUCGAUCUCGAGAAGCAGCCCAAGAGCAUCGCAACAAGUGGCGCUGGAUACAUCGGUGUCGAGAUGACUGGCAUGCUCCACGCACUCGGCUCGAAAACGCACUUCUUCAUCCGCGGCGACAAACUCCUCCGAACCUUCGACCCCAUGAUCCAAGAUACCGUAACUCAAGAGUACGAGCGUCAGGGCAUCAACCUCUACAAGGGUACCCAAAUCACAAAGGUGGAGGAUAUCGGCAACGGCAUGAAGCGCGUCACCUACCAGAACAAUGAGACAAAGAAUGAGUCGACCGUUGAGGUUGAAGAAGUCCUCUUCGCAACUGGGCGCGACCCCGAAAUUGAAGAUCUUAAGAUCAAGGACUUCGGCAUCAAGCUUAACGACAAGAACCACAUUGUAACCGAUGAGUACCAAAACACCUCUAUUUCCAACAUCUACGCCAUCGGUGACGUGUGUGACCGUGGUUUCGAGCUCACCCCCGUCGCCAUUGCCGCUGGAAGACGCCUCUCCGACCGCCUAUUCAAUAACCAGCCCAAGGCGCGCCUUGAGUACGAGAAUAUUCCCUCUGUCGUCUUUGCCCACCCUGAGAUUGGAUCUAUCGGCUUGACUGAGCCUGAGGCCCGCGAGAAGUACGGCGACAAGAUUAAGAUUUACAAGACCGAAUUCAAGGCCAUGUACUUCGCUAUGAUGGACCCCGAUGACAAGCAGCCCACAGCCUACAAGAUUAUCUGCGCAGGCGAGAACGAGAAGGUUGUCGGUUUGCAUAUCUUGGGACAGGGAAGCAGUGAGAUUCUGCAAGGGUUCGGUGUAGCGAUCAAGAUGGGUGCCACUAAAAAGGACUUCGAUAACUGUGUGGCUAUCCACCCCGUGUCGGCCGAAGAACUCGUCACCAUGACUUAGACCGGUUGGCUUCUUGCAUGGUCGUCCGACGCAUGAUACUGUAUAGAUUAGAGGGGAUAGCCUAUACUGGCAAAGAUCAGACGAGUCGAAAGAAUCAUCUAGCUAAUUGCACACUCGCACUCACAACGCAUUGUUUCCUGAACCUACUUCGCAUGACAAACUUGUAUCUCACCACUGUGCCACACCAAUACAGCACACCAUGACGAAUCAAAAACUACCCCCACACCUCCUCGGAGUCCAAUACUAACAUGCA